GCAACCCCGAGUUCAGGAGACGUUGCCUCUGGCUCCGACGUCGAAAGGGGGCUUCACUCCGCCCGUCAACUGUACCACCAAAUUCAAUACCUGUCAACAUUUCUGUCACUCUACUUCGCGGCACGACAAGAAGCGGUUUUAUCAUCCAAGCGACCUUACAGCUUUGUUCAGGGAAAUCUGUCCACUUUCCAACAGACGCCCAGCCAUCGUACAAAAAGGACCGAGGAGCCUACUCCGUAAACUUCAAAAAGCAUAUCAGGUCCAACUGUUAACAUCCAUCAGUCAAACAGCACGACGCGACGCUGUUGAACGCGUCUCACAUCUGGUCACGAAACAAUCCUGUCCAUUCCCCUCCAAGUCCCGCAUCAUGGCUCAAACUCCCACCCAACGCCGCGCCAACGAAAAACAUGCCAAAUCCGUCGAAAAGCGCAUGGGCAAGCCCGAGUCGAGCUUCAAGAAGAAGGAAACCAAAAAGUCUCCCGUCGGGGUUGCCGCUGUUGUCCUCCUGGUCUUCGUGGUCGUCGCCCCACUCUUGAUCGAGCAAUUAAAACUUCUCCCGCAGGGCUGGAACUUCAUCAUGAGUCUACUGGCCAAGGUUGGCUUGGUGUCGAAAUGAAUUGAGCGCUGCAACGACGGACCUUUUCUUCGUCAAACUGUUUAUCUGCGGGUCGAGUGCUCGAGCUCGCGGAGGAAUCCGGCUGGAAAUUCGAAUGACUGCAAUCGAACGCCAAAUGAAUGGCGUGUGAGCAAGCCUCUUUACCUGAUGGUGCUAGAAAAUACUGUACACAUUAGACUAAGACUAUCAAUAGUUGCACAGGCUAUGCACUCUGUCUCCAGACGACCGCCCACUGACAGCUUCUUUAGUAAGG